CGGAGCUGUGUCGAUGUGACAUCCUGAAACGAAAGUGAUUGUCAGAGCGACAGCAGAGUUCUCAGUAAGACGUGUGUUCCUGUCCAACGAAGAAAUAUAGUUCAUCAAAACUUUCCUUACUUUUCUGCCGAACUCUGUUUCGUUUUCAAUGUGAAGCGAUGGCUGCUGCAAACUGUCUGCCAUCUGAAGAUCAGUUUCUGUGCUUCAUCUGUCUGGAUGUGUUCAUGGAUCCAGUCACCACACCAUGUGGACACAACUUCUGCAGAAACUGCAUAAAUAUACAGUGGAAUACUACUGACCAGUACCUGUGUCCAUUGUGUAAAAAGCUUUUCAACACAAGACCUGAGCUGAACACCAACACUUUGGUAUCUGGAAUGGUUUCUCAGUCCAGGCAAUCAGCUCAACAGAAAGCUAACAGCAGCAGCUCAGAGCAACAUGCCAAACCAAAACAAGUUCAAGUUCAGAUUCCCUGUGACGUCUGCACUGGAACCAAACAGAAAGCCACGAAGUCCUGCCUGAACUGUCUGAUGUCUUAUUGUGAGACUCACCUGAAGCCUCAUCUGACAGCUACACCUCUGAAAAAACAUCAACUGAUCAAUGCUGUGGAGAAUUUUGAAGGCAGGAUGUGCGCGAAGCAUGAUAAACCUCUGGAGAUGUUCUGUAAAAUCGACAGGAAAUGUGUUUGCAUGUUCUGCACUGUUUUAGACCACAAGACUCAUGAAGUUGUUCCUCUGAAAGAAGAAUAUGAAGUAAAAAAAGCAAAAAUUGAGACGACAGAGGCUGAAAUUCAGCAGAUGAUCCAAAAGGCACAACUGAAGAUCCAGGAGAUCAAACACUCAGUUGACCUCAGUAAGAAAAAUGCAGAGAUAGAGAAAGCAGAUGGUGUUCGGGUCAUCACUUUUGUGAAGGAGUAUGUUGAGAGUGACCUGAACAAGCUCAUCGACACGAUCGAAGAGAAGCAGAGAUCCACACGGAAACAGGCUGAAGACUUUAUCAAAAAGCUGGAACAGGAAAUCUCUAAGUUGAAAAAGAGAAGUACUGAGGUGGAGCAGCUCUCACGUACUGAAGACCACCUCCACUUCCUUCAAAGCUUCCCAUACGUGAAACCUGUACCAUUCAUCAAGGACUGGAAGAAGAUCAACAUCAGUCCACUGUCAUAUGAGGGGAUUGUGGUGAGAGCUGUGUCUCAGUUGGAAGAGACAUUCAGUAAAGAGACCAAGAAGCUGUUUGAAUUAGAGCUGAAGAGGGUCCAGCAGUAUGCAGUGGAUGUAACUCUUGAUCCUGAUACAGCAAAUCCUUAUCUCAUCUUGUCUGAUGAUGGGAAACAAGUAAAUCCUGGUGAGGUCAAAAAACAUCUCCCAGACAACCCAGAGAGAUUUGCUCUGAAUCCCUGUGUUUUAGGAAAGCAGAGUUUCUCUUUGGGCAGAUUUUACUAUGAGGUUCAGGUUAAAGGAAAGACUGAAUGGGAUUUAGGAGUGGCCACAGAGUCAAUCAACAGGAAGGAAGACAUCCCACUGAGCCCUGGUGAUGGCUACUGGACUAUAUGGUUGAGGAGAAGAAAUAAGUACAAAGCUCUUGAUGACCUUCCAGUCAGUCUCUCUCUGAGAUCUCGUCCUCAGAAGGUGGGGGUGUUUGUGGACUAUGAGGAGGGUGUGGUCUCCUUUUAUGACGUAGAAGCUCCAGCUCUUAUCUACUGCUAUACUGACUGCUCCUUCACUGAAAACAUUUACCCAUACUUCAACCCGGGUCUGUAUGAGGGUGGAAAAAACUCUGCACCUCUGGUCCUCUCUCCUUAGUAGACUAAUUAUUUCUUUUCUUUUUUUUCACAAACAUCAGACUCAAAAUAUAAAUCAUAAUCACAUUUAUCAUAAUCUCCAAAAUGAUCAUAUUAUCAUCUUAUUAUACUAAUCCAUGACCAAUGAUCAGUCACAUUAAAUAACUCUGUAAGAUACAAAAUAUAGGACUAGGGGACAUUUGUUUAGAACUGCAAAAACACUUUCUGUAAAAUAGUUAUUACUAUGUGAGAAAGACAUUAAUAAAUCCAAUUUUGUGUUUAUAUUUUAUUUUGAGUUGAUCAAACAAAAAUAAGAGAACAACUAAAUGUUUAGCAUGAUGAUUUUUAAUCAAAACAACUGCACAUUUCUAUAUAUUUUGUACUAAUUAAACAUUGAUUUGAAUCAUUGUAGUAUUAGUUGAAAGGAUGACAUAUAGAGUGCAUGUGUAAAAAAAUUUUUUUAUUAUUUCCUUAAUUAAGUUAUGGUUUGUCUUAUUAUUUUUCAUACACACUAACCUGCUACACUGAAAAAAAAAUCUACAAAGCUGAGUUUUUUUCAAUAUUCAUGUGAUCUGUGAAUAUCCAAUAUUUAAAAAAUCAGUUGUCGUGACUUGUUUGACUCAUCUUUCCACAGUGUUUUGUUUUUACCGUCAUGUCAUGUUAGUCCUGUAUCGCCACAUUUUUGUGUUCAGGCGUAGCCUCUGGGUUUCUGACACCUGCCUAACAGUACCACACCUGCAUGCCCUCAUCCAAUCAACCUGCACAGGAUAAAAGACUCAGGCUCAACUUUCCAGACUCUGUUGGAUCAUGGAUUUUUCCCUGUAAUGUUUACUAUGUCUAACUCAGUCAUCCUCUUUCAUUGCUUCUUGGAUUUUUUUUCCCCCACCAGCUCUGCACCUCCUCAUCACAGAACCCAGACACCCUAACCUCAAUGAUCCUGCUAUUCCUCCUUUCUAAUAAACUGUUUUCACCGA